CGUUCAAAAGUCAAACCGCAGCUUGACCGCAACUACCCUCUAUUCAACAAAACAUUUCAAGGGUAGUUUAGUAAGUAACAUUUUAAUACUAGAAAGUUCUUAAGUAGGUGAAGAGUUAGUUACCCCACGAGGUGCUAUCGCAAUUCUGAAUCUGAAAGCAGAAAGAUCCCCCACCUUUGAUUUGAGGAGAGAGAUGGCUUCAGAGAAGAAGGUUCUAGGUUUCGAAGAAGUUUCGCAGCACAACAAAACCAAGGAUUGUUGGCUUAUUAUCUCCGGCAAGGUCUAUGAUGUGACCCCUUUCAUGGAUGAUCAUCCCGGUGGCGAUGAAGUGUUAUUGUCCUCAACAGGGAAAGAUGCUACGAAUGACUUUGAAGACGUUGGUCACAGCGACACCGCGAGGGACAUGAUGGAGAAGUACUACAUUGGCGAGAUCGAUUCGUCUACUGUUCCAGCGACAAGGACAUACGUUGCACCAGUGCAACCCGCGUACAACCAAGACAAGACACCAGAAUUCAUGAUCAAGAUCCUUCAGUUCCUUGUUCCAAUCUUGAUCUUGGGUCUUGCUCUCGUCGUCCGUCAGUAUACUAAGAAAGAGUAGAAGCAGAGAGAGGCUUGCGGCUUUGCUUCCCAUUGGAUAACUCUUUCUCAUAUCUCUGUAUUUCGAAACCUUGGUUUGGUUCUAGAUUGCACACCUCUGUUCUAAAAAUUAUUCUUGUUAGAACUACUAUAAACCAAUAAUCAAUGUGUUGUUAGUGUUUUCGUUGGUGGUAUCAUCUGGUUUCUUUUUGUGUGUUGA